AUGACGCGGUGGAGGGUUGUGAAAGAAAGGAAACCAGCUGUAAAGAUCCGGGAAGGAACGCUGGAGCGGCUGGUGCAGACCCAACUGAUGGCAUUCAGGGACAAUAAGCUCGCCUACACCAGCAUCUUCCUGUCCACAUACCGCACAGUCGCCAGCACGCACACCGUGCUGCAGCUGCUGCUAGACAAGUAUUUGUUGUUCAAGAAGGUGAUUCCUCACCACUGCCUGGGCUCCAUCUGGUCCCAGAGGGAUAAGAAACAGAACAAGCACAGUGCUCCCACCAUCCGUGCCACCAUCACCCAGUUCAACGCUGUGGCAGCAUGUGUGGUCAGAACCAUACUGCACCGACAACAGAUCCGCCCACACCUCAGGGCACGGGUCAUCAAGGGCUGGAUAGACAUCGCUCAGGAGUGUCGCGUGCUUAAGAACUUCUCGUCGCUGCGUGCCAUUGUGUCUGCUCUGCAGUCCAACCCACUCUACAGACUGAAGAGGGCCUGGUCCUGGGUGCCCAAAGACAGCAUGUCUACAUUUGGGGAGCUAUCAGACAUCUUACAUCACAAACAUCUACUUUUUCCCCUACAGGGCACCUCUAAGUUUGCCAAUCUGGAAGGCUGUGCUAAGGAGCACCAGAAACGCACUCACAAACGACUCCAGCUGCAGAAGGAAAUGGGUGCCAUGCAGGGGACGAUACCUUACCUGGGCACCUUCCUGACAGACCUGACCAUGUUAGAUACUGCCCGGUCAGACCUAGUAGAGGGGGGGCUAAUCAACUUUGAGAAGAUGCGAAGGGAGUUUGAGGUGAUAGCUCGGAUCAAGCUGCUGCAGUCUGCGUGUAACAGCUACUGUCUUAUUGCUAAUGCUGCCUUCCUGCGCUGGUUCAAGGGCCAGCCUCAACACAGAGAGGAGGAGAGCCAUGCCAUGUCUUGUGACAUUGAAGGAGUGGGAGACAGAAGUACGACUUUAUGCAAACUUUGCAAGGGCAUUGUCAAGAGACUUAGCCAGCAGUCGCGCACAAGAUGGUUGUGCUCCCUAACGCCCAUGUCCCCCUCCUCUCCCCUGCCCCCUGCCUACAACACCCAGGCUCAGGACGCCUGCAUCAUCAGAGUCAGCCUGGAGCAGGGCAAUGGCAACCUCUACAAGAGCAUCAUGUUGACGAGUCAGGAUAAGACUCCAGCAGUGAUCGCUAGAGCCGUGGCCAAACACAACCUGGAGAGUGAGCCUGGGGAGGGAUACGAGCUGGUGCAGGUCAUCUCUGACGAAAGAGAACUGGUGAUUCCUGACAACGCCAAUGUGUUUUACGCCAUGAACACCUCAGCCAACUUUGACUUCCUGCUGCGUGUGCGAGGCACGGCGGGGUGGCCUGUCCAGCUGAGGAGUCGCUAUGUCUCCACACUCCCCUGUGCCCAGCAGCGUGCCAGCCUGCGCCUCAGCAAGGCAGCGGGGGACCGGCUGCCACCCGGCCACACGGUGAGCCAGCUAGAAACCUGGAAGAUCCGUGCUGGAACUCUGGAGCGGCUGGUAGAGACCCUGCUGACGGGGUUCUGGGGCAAUGACCUCGCCUACACCAGCAUCUUCCUGUCCACAUACCGCACCUUCGCCAGCACGCACACUGUGCUGCAGUUGCUGCUAGACAAGUAUGGAAUUCCAGAGGGUAGUGAAGGACAGACUGAGCGAUGUAGACCCUCUGAAACCAAAGGAGCUGUUCGAAUUGCCCUGGCCUCCAUCUUGAGAGCCUGGAUGGGCCAGUAUCGAGAGGACUUCCAGGAGCCUCCAUCCUACCCCUGCCUCCACAGGGUGAUGGCCUACCUACAGAGGGCCCUGCCUGGAUCGGAGCCCAUGCGUAGAGCCCAGAGUCUACUGGAGCAGCUGAAGGCUGAGGCCAGUCUGGAUGUAGACUCAGAGGGUGGCGGUUUUGACAGCAUACGCUCCUUCGGCCUGUGUGAGGAUGAGGAAGUGGAGAUUGAGGUCCAGGAAGACUUCAUGUCAUUUGAUACAGAUUUGGUGGCAGAGCAACUGACCUAUAUGGAUGUGUUGUUGUUCAAGAAGGUGAUUCCUCACCACUGCCUGGGCUCCAUCUGGUCCCAGAGGGAUAAGAAACAGAACAAGCACAGUGCUCCCACCAUCCGUGCCACCAUCACCCAGUUCAACGCUGUGGCAGCAUGUGUGGUCAGAACCAUACUGCACCGACAACAGAUCCGCCCACACCUCAGGGCACGGGUCAUCAAGCGCUGGAUAGACAUCGCUCAGGAGUGUCGCGUGCUUAAGAACUUCUCGUCGCUGCGUGCCAUUGUGUCUGCUCUGCAGUCCAACCCACUCUACAGACUGAAGAGGGCCUGGUCCUGGGUGCCCAAAGACAGCAUGUCUACGUUUGAGGAGCUAUCAGACAUCUUCUCGCAUCACAACAACUACCUGACUAGCCGAGAGCUGCUAAUGAGGGAGGGCACCUCUAAGUUUGCCAAUCAGUUAGGCUGUGCUAAGGAGCACCAGAAACACACUCUCAAACGAUUCCAGAGGAAAAUGGAAAUGGGUGCACUGCAGGGGACAAUACCUUACUUGGGCACCUUCCUGACAGACCUGACCAUGCUAGAUACAAGGAGUGCGAAUUACGGGGGAGCCACAGGGAUGUCCUAUUCCCCUGAAUAGGACAUGAGCUCCUCUAAAGGCAAACUGGGGAGGGGGGGGUUCUCUAAAUAUUUAUAAUUAGACCAAGACAAGAGCAUAACGCAUCAAUCUCACUGGAGAAAGCAUCCUUGCGAGCGAAACGGCGACUGUCAUAGUAUUUCUGGCGAGACAGCACUGGAUAUAUGGGCUACACAGACUGAUAUGCUGGUUUGCUCGCUCUGAGAUUCAGCCACUUGUGAAUUGCAGGAAAUUUAUGAAACAUUUCAUGUAAUUUAAUUUUUUUCACAUUUUUGGGGAAAACUUGGCAUCCACUAGUAGUAGGCCUAAUAACAAUCGAUGAAUGUCAUUAUGGUGUUUGUAACAGAUUUCCAUUCAUCAAAUGGAUGCUGGAAUUAUUUUUGAGUAGAUGAAUGUGCACAGCUGCAGGUAGCCGAUUAAAGUGAAAUCUUUACAAUAACCAGGUUUCCAUCCAACCUUUUCAUGUGAGUAAUGUACA